AAUUAAGUUCAAUUAUGGCUCUUCUUUUGAAUUUACUUGAUAUUUUAAUUUUUGAACUAUAUGUAUUCUUGCUUCAAGCCUUGCUUGCAUAUUGUACUUCCGGUCAAUAAUGUAUGUGGAGAUAGGAUUGGUUCUUGCCUCAAGGAUUGCCUAUCUUUUGCUUAAGUAGCAUACUUAAGUAUUUUGUGUCAGUAUUACGGUAGAUGUCAAAAUUGAAUUAAGGUGGAGGUUCUUAUUUUCUAUUAUAAAUGGUUGUUCAUUGACUUGUGUUGAUGUUACAAUCCUGACUUCCAUAUUAGUUGUUACAAUUUCAGUUUGUGGUCAUGUGGCUAAGCACGUGAUAAUAUUUUAAUCUGUGGGAGCUGAAGAAGUUGAUACUUUAUCGCUUUUCUUCUGCAUAUCAGAGAUUUUAUAUGGUUUAGUGAAGAGAUUGUGUUCAUUUUGUUCUAAUCCUUUUGUUUUAGCCAGUUGGCUUUGUUUUUAACUGAGAAAGUGAAACCAAAAUAAGACACUUCACUCUGAGUGCUCCUACCGCCGGACACCCACUUCUGCAUAUUCCCACAUAUUAAUCAGGUCUAAAUAUUUGUCAAAAACAAAACAGAAGUACCCAUUUUGUUAUUUUCUCUUUUCAAUACUCGUACUUUUCCCUAUUUAAAUUACAGUGCUAGACAAAUUGUGGUAGACACACAUGUAGCAUCUUUCAUUGCCAAAAUUUGGCUUAUCGUGGAAGAGGAUUAUACUCAGUAAUAUACUCGGCUGAUCAUGCAUGGUGCAAUCUCUUUACUGACCCCCAAAUCAGUCCAUCUUAUUUCAAAUGCAUAAUGGUGUUAGUUUAUGAGCUUGAAAUUUGAGAUUUUUCCUUUCUGAGAAGCUUCAUUUGGGUACUUAUUGAAUGUGCAAGAAUCUUCUAAGGAAGCUCCUUGUACUGCAUGUUGUUGUAGUGUGUGAUUUCUAACGCACAAUAUAUAUGUAUAUGCAACUUUGUGAAUGUAUCCCUAUUAUUAAAUAGUAUAAUCUUGUAAGUUUUCUGCUCUUCAUGCUGUGUAUUCUUUUGGACUGAUGAGAGAAUUUUACAACAAAUAUGCAUUUGGACAAGGUGAAACUUGGAGAACUUGGAAGUAGAGCUGGUUGAGAUGAAUGCAAACAAUGAAAAGCUGCAACGAUCAUAUAAUGAACUUUUAGAAUAUAAGCUCGUUGUACAGAAAGCCAGUCAGUUUUUCCGUUCAGCUCAAACCAGUGCUGCAGCUCAGCACAAAGAAUUUGAAUCACAUAUCCUUGGCGAGGGAUCAGUUGAUCGUCCCCUGUUACUUGAACAAGAAAUGACAACAGAUCCCUUAAAUCAAGUGAAGCUGGGAUUUGUUAGUGGACUUGUUGGUAGAGAAAAAUCUAUGGCUUUUGAAUGAAUUCUGUUUAGAGCAACCAGGGGAAAUGUGUUUCUUCAACAAGUGGUAAUGGAAGAUCCAGUGAUUGAUCCGGUGUCAGGAGAUAAGGGCAGGAUCGAUAUUUAAGGCACAGCUCAUGUUGAAGAUUGCUGAGAAGAAAAUUAGGGAAGCCGAUAGGGUGAUUUCACUCGCAACUUAGUGCUUUUUUUUUUUUUUUUUGGAAAAUAUAUUGGAUUUUUAGGUGUUUUAGAAUUUUGGAUAUGGGUUUCGUACAAAUACUAUUACAUUUUAGAGUUCAGUUAAUAAUUUAUUUUUAUUUUUUUGGGAAAAUAUAUUGGAUUUUUAGGUGUUUUAUAAUUUUGGAUCUAGGUUUUUAAGAAAUAUUGUUACAUUUUAGAGUUCAGUUAAUAAUAA